ACCAGGGGGCGACUCACGCUGAUUGGUUCACGUGAGCGGUGUAACGAAGAAGGAGCAUUCACACGUGUGUACUGCCAACUCUGCGUAACUUUUUGUGAAUAUUUUACACAAAUCUGAAGGAUUCGCAUCAAACAGACAGCAAAAUGCCUAAAGUCAAAGCGCAGAAGAAAAGCAGGCAGCACGAAGAAGUUAAAAACCAAGGAAUUAUGUUCAACAAAGGAAUCGGCCAGCACAUAUUAAAGAAUCCUUUGGUCGUUAACGGCAUCAUCGACAAGGCUGCACUGAGGCCAACAGAUGUGGUUCUGGAGGUGGGACCUGGUACUGGUAACAUGACGGUUAAACUGCUAGAAAAGGCUAAGAAGGUGGUGGCCUGUGAGUUGGAUUGCAGAUUGGUGGCUGAGCUUCAGAAAAGGGUACAAUGCACACCAAUGCAGGCCAAACUUCAGAUCCUUGUUGGAGACGUUUUAAAAACAGACCUGCCAUUUUUUGAUGUCUGUGUGGCCAAUUUACCUUAUCAGAUUUCAUCACCAUUUGUCUUCAAGUUGCUGCUACAUCGACCCUUUUUCAGGUGUGCAGUGCUAAUGUUCCAGAGAGAGUUUGCCAUGCGUCUAGUGGCCACGCCUGGAGACAAACUGUACUGCAGACUUUCCAUCAACACUCAGCUACUGGCUCGUGUGGACCAUCUCAUGAAAGUAGGGAAGAAUAAUUUCCGUCCUCCUCCCAAAGUGGAGUCCAGUGUCGUGAGAAUAGAGCCCAAAAACCCUCCUCCUCCUGUCAAUUUCCAGGAGUGGGAUGGCUUGGUCCGAAUAGCCUUUGUAAGAAAGAAUAAAACCCUCCGCGCCGCCUUCAAGUCGACUGCAGUAGAGCAGCUCCUUGAGAAGAACUACAGAAUCCACAGCUCGGUACACAAUGUGGAAGUGCAAGCAGAUUUCAGCAUCACCAAGAAAAUCGGGAGCAUCUUGGAGGAGGUAGAAUUCAGUGAAAAAAGAGCCAGAUCCAUGGAUAUAGACGACUUCAUGGUACUGCUUCAUGCUUUCAACUCAGCCGGGAUUCACUUUUCAUGAGGACACGGACACAAGAGGCACAUGGGAAAUAUAUAUCAAGAUCUCA